AUGGAUGAAAUGCAAGUGUUCAAAACAAAGAUCACAAACGCUUGCGUACUUAUCAAGUCUAAUGAACCACAAGUCAAUAACUUGAGCCAAGCAUUUGUGUUCCCCAAUCAAAUGGAGGAAUGCAAAGAGUACAUCGAAGAGGGAACUUCGAUGCUGAACUAUUUGGAAAAGUCAAUCAACUCAGCAAAGCAGUUUCCCAACACGUGCGCCAAAGAAGCCAUAGAGAACAUCAGUGGAAGAGCAGAGCAAAAAGAACGCGAAAAGCUCAUGCUAGAUUUGAACAAGCAUCUGGAAAAUGAAUCGAACAUGCUGAAAGUCGCUGUCAUACAGCGUUUAAAUAAGAUCGAGUUUAGAAAAGACGAGUUGCUGCAACAAAGUGCACUGAUGACUUCGUCUCAAGAAACCAACAACCAUACUGUAAGUAACACCAGCUGUCAAGAAAGGUCUACUGGUGCAACAACGCCACAAGAAGAACGCAACAUUCGUGUAUGA